AUGGCAGAAGUGGAGGUUGUACCACUUGGAAUUGCGAGCACCAUUAGUCAGGAACAACAUAGCAGCGUCAUUGCGAUGAAAGACAUCAAGGUAAACAAUCAUGCUCUGAGUCCUCCGUUCCCAAAGCCAUCGAAUCCUAAUUUCGACAUCAACAAUUUCAUCAUUCCUCCACAACCUCCUUCCAAAGUAUACAUUUCUGUUUUUGCUCACAAGUUAUUUGUUAAAAUACCUCUGACACCCAUUAAGACCAUUAAGAAUAACAUGGUGGAAACGUUGAACAUGCUUGGUUUGACUAAGCGAAUUGAAGAUCGAUUCUUGCUAACAAGUAGAAGUUAUGCCUAUGGUGAUGUUCUUGCUAUAGAUAAGCAAAUGCGCCAUAUGGGUAUUGCUAAUUUGACUAUUUCUUUUGCAAGCGAGUUGCUUCAUAGUGCUGAAGAGCUUAUUAGGAGGGGUUUGCAUCCUAGUAAGAUUAUGAAUGGAUAUACCAAAGCUAUUAAUAAGACUGUUGAAACAUUGGACAAACUUGUUGAGGAAGGUUCAGAUAAUAUGAAUGUAUUUGAUAAGGAGCAAGUUGUUUCUCGAAUAAAAGCAGUUGUUUUCAGCAAGCAAUUCGGUCAAGAAGAUACUAUAUGCUCCCUUGUUGCUGGUGCAUGUAUUCAAGUGUGUCCAAAAAAUUAUGUAAACUUUAAUAUGGACAAUGUUCAUGUUGCAAAACUCUUGGGAGGAGGGCUACGUAACAGUACAGUUGUUCGGCGAAUGGUUCUGAGAAAUGAUAUUGUUGGUAGUAUAAAGAGAAUGGAAAAGGCAAAGGUUGUUGUGUUUUCAGGUGGGGUUGAUACAUCUAUAACUAAAAAUCAGGGAACUGUUCUCAUACGUUCAGCUAAGCAGCUAGAGAAUUCUUCAAAAACUAAAGAGGAUAAAGUUGAGGAGCUCAUCAAGGAAGUAGGAGAGUUGGCUUUACAUUUUUGUGAGUGUUAUAAGCUUAUGGUUCUGAAAAUUAGUUCUAAGUUUAAACUGCAUCGAUUUUUCCAUACAACCGGUGUUGUUGCUAUGUCGAAGCUUAUUCAACCAAAUCCAGAUGAUGUUAGAUAUGUCGAUUCGAUUUUAGUUGAGGAAAUUGGUGGUGCAAGGGUUACCAUUGUUAAAAAGGAAGAAGGUGGCAAUUCUGUUUCAAUUGUUGUCUUGAGAGGAAGUAUUGAUAGUAUACUUGAUGAUAUUGAAAGAGCAGUUGAUGAUAAAGUGAACAGUUACAAGGCCAUGUGCAGGGAUAGCCGUAUUGUGCCUGAAACUGCUGCAACUGGAAUUGAGUUAGCUAAGUGGGUGAAAGAAUUUUCUUUUAAGGAGACAGGAUUGGGUCAGUAUGCUAUAGCCAAAUCUGCUGAAUGUUUUUAG